AUGAUAUGGACAAUCUCUAGAGUUUCUUGUGAAGUCAAGAAAUCAAGAAAGUGGAUCAAGAAAUCAUCUCUAGUGCUUGUCACAUAGUGCAGUAGAAAAAUGACAACUUUAUAGAUCUCUAGUGACUAUCACCAAGAUCUUUGGUGGCUAAAUGGAGGUGGGGCACAUAUUAGGGAGCUUCAUAUCAAGGUCCAUGCAACAAGAAGAGGCUAUUAAUUGUAUUUUGUUCACUCUUAAGAGGUGACACUUAUCUCAUAGUAGAUCAUCUUUUUACAGACAACAAUUUAUAUAUCGAUCAAUCGGAGAUAAUUUACUCAAUAGAUUUAAAAUUUUCUUAUUUAAUUUUUUUCUACAAUUUAGAGUAACAAUAUUUUGUAAAUCGCAUUAACAAGAUUUUCGUCAAUGAUUGAGUGAUUCUAGUGACUUAAUUGUUGAUCAACGUUCUAUAGUAAAAUUAUUAUUUAAUUAGAUAAAAGUAUGAGUUUUGACUUUGGUGGUAUUCAAAUCUUUACCAGUCACUCGCUUGCUUGAGAGAAAAUGAAAUAAGAAUAUAAAUACCUUGAUAAAGUGACGUUAUAAGGGAAUCUCUUUCUCAUAAAUAAGGGAUAUUUUAGGUAUUAAAAUUGUUGAAACUUUUCGAGAAGUUGUGAUGCCAAUUUACUAUCAUGAUGUCUUCAUUAUCAUGAGUUAAUAAUUAAUUAAUAAUAUAUUUUAAGCCUUAAGUAAUGAUAAAUAAACUUAUAUUUAUGUUAAAUUGUGACAAAUGGAUUUUAGUUAGUUAAUAUGAAUUUUUCUCUAAUAAUGUGAUUUUUUGUAAAUUUAUAUAAUUUUUAUAAUCAUAUUUUUGAGAUAAAUGAAGAGAAAUAGAAUGAAAUAAAAAUAUAAAAAAAGGGGACCUACUGGCCAGCCAGGCCCGCAAGUGGGUUAGAAGCAUAGUCGAAUAGAGCUGCAAGCAAAGGGCAUGAGUAGCUAAGGAUUGGUAGAGGUAGGUGACACAUGUGUGUCACUCCCCCUCUAGGUCACUAGUGGGCAGCCAAGCGUGAGGCAAAGAAUGGUCGUACACAUGAGAAAGAGAAUUAUUGAUUACUAAAUCUCAUAUCACUAUAUAUUUAUCUCAUAACUCUGAAAAUAACCAGUGUGAGACUAAAUCACUCAACUUUCUAGAAAAGGGUUUUCAUAAUUUUUGAUAUCUACAAUACCUUUGGUUUGUGAGAAAGUGAUACCUUUAUGAUGUCAUCUUAUAAGAAUAUUCAUAUACUUAUUUCACUCUCUCUCAUGUAGACAUGUGACCAGUGAGGGUUGUGAUUUUCUUAUAAAUUAUCAUCAAUGAUUAAGUCAUCAAAAUUACUCAAUCAUUAGUGAAAAUAUCAUCAACAUGAUUUGCGGAACAUAGUUGCUAAAAUUACUAAAUAAUUCUAGAUAAAAGGAUUGUGAAUCUAUUGAUAAAAUGAUCUCUAAUUGACCAAUGUACAAACCACCUUCGAGAAGUAGACAAUCUGUCAAGAGAUGAGUCACCACCUCUUAAUAGCGUAUUUGAUGUGAUAAACAGCCUCCUCUUACUAUGUAAACCUAAAGAUGAAACUCUCAAAGACAUGCCCCACCUCUAUCUAACUUAUCUCCGUCAAGUGAUCGCUACUAAAGAUCCACAAAAUCAUCAUUUUUCUACUCUACCGAGUGACAGCCACUAAAGAUGAUUUGUCAACCCACCUCAUUGAUUUCUAGACUCUAUAAGAAGAUCUAAGUAUUGCCCACAUCGUUCAUGUCUAAAGAGAGCUUUUGAGGCAGUAGAUGUUACAUGAUAGUCUCAUUGAAUGCUCAAGAUUCUAACACAUCAACACUGCAAUAUCGAAACCUUAUUUUAUCAUUUUUAAUUAGUUUAGCUCACCAUCAUUUUUUAGACUUUCAAAGGAGAUCUAAAGAAUGCCUAAGUCAUUUAUAUCUAAAGAGAACCUUUGAGGUCAUAGACAUCAAUCGAUAAUCUUUCUAAACAUAGAAAUUCAAUGAGCAUUGUCAUGAGGGUGUAACUUUACCUUCCUACUUUCAACUUAAUUUUUACUUCAUUUAGUGAUACUUUGUGUGAUUUCAAGUCCUAAAACUAUUAUUCACUCAAUUACCAAUCUUCUCAUUGUUACAGAUCUUAAUUUGAUUAAUUAAAUCAUCUAUAAUCAUUUAUGUAAGAAUCAUUAGGUUGAAUUUUAUUUCCAUCUAACUCACAUUCAUCGAGGCACUGAUGUCAUUCUUGUAAAUUUUUAAAUAUAUUUUAUAUUCAUCAUUUAGUCUAAAAAUUAUAAAAAAUCAUAUUAUUUUAGAAAAUUUCUGAAAUAUUACUUAUUACCGUACAUCCCUAUGAUCGACUUAAAAUUUCCCACUAUUUUUGAAACCUUUUAUCAAAUUAUAAUUGAUUUAUUUUUUUCUGAAAUAUUUUAAAAAAAUUAAAAUUGAUAAUUUUUAUUUUUAAAUUUUAAAUUUAUGUGAUUUAUUAUACAAUGAUUAGGUCAUGUUAAAUUUUGACCCAUUGUCAGGGAUGUAUUACAUAAUAUUUGGUGUUUUUUUAUUUUUUUCUUAAAGUACACAAAAAAAUUAGUUCUUCUUUUUCUUUUCAUCCUGGAGAUAAAAAAAAAGACAACAGAAAGUAGAGAGGCAAGGAUUAGAGUAGACUGAAGGAGGGUAACAUUUAUUAAACUUUGUUUUUAAUUUUAUAUAUUUUUAUGCAUGGUAGAAGAUGCUGACAUCUAGGACUAGAAAAUACCUCUAUAUUUCAUCCAAAACAAAAAAUUUGAAAGAAAAAUCAAUUUUGAUAAAUCCUAAAGGUGGUAUAAGUUAAAUUGAGAAUAAUCCCAUGGCCAUGAAAAAUUCUUAUUUCCCUGAUUCAUAUCAACGACCAUCUAAUAUUAGAGUUCCAAUAGCACUCACAAUUAAAUUUGAAAUAAUUUUAUUUUUUCUAAGUAAUUCUUAAUUUUCAUGGAUUACCUUUAAAAGAACCUCACCAGCAUUUAAAGAAAAAUUAUAUGAUGUGUGAUUUACUUAACUCCCUCAAUUAACAUUGAAAAUUAUUAAAAUGACAUUAUUCCUUCAUAAACUUUUUCCAAAAAAAUUAUCUCUAAAGAAAAACUCAAAAUAGAAAAAAAAACCUAUGAAGUUUUGCUCAAAAACUAAGAGAAACUUUGCAUGAGACAUAGGAAAAAUUCAAAGAUUUACUUAGAAAGUGCCCUCAUCAUGUUAUACCUAAAUGACAACUUAAUAUAAUUUUUUAUGAUGAAUUAUUAGAACAACAUAGAAAUAUGAUUGAUUCUAUAUGUGGAGGAGCUUUUAUGAAAAAAACUCUUGAUGAGAUUUACAACCCUUAUGAGAAUUUAAGUGAAAAUUCCAAAGAUCAAACCUCUUUUAAAUUAUAUGAUAGAGAUAAAAAGAGAAUAAUUUAUGAAUUAGAUCAUCAAGAUGAUUAUAAUUUAAGAAAUGAGGCUAACUAGAUUAAUUAAAGAUUAGAAAAACUUGAUUUACUUAUUGACAAUAUUAGAAAGCCUCUUAAAUCUCAAUUUAAUUCAAAUAGUAUAUAUUUUAUAUAUGAUGAAAAUGAUAAUUCUAAAUUUCAAUAUUAUAAUUUAGAUCAAUCAUUUCAGCUUAUGCAAGAAUAAGUACAAGUAGCCUAUAAUUUUAAUAAACUUAGGGAGUAUUUAUCUAAUUCUUAUAAUAUUAAUUAGAGGAAUAAUUUUUUGUGGAGAGACCUAAAUAAUAUUCAAAAUUUAGAGGCAUUUAGACCUAAUUCAAAUUAUGAAUUUGUCUAAAUUGGGAAAAUAGAUUUCAAAAAAAUCAGCUAUCUAAAACCUCACUUAUUGCUAUGGAAAUGGUGCAACAAAUGAUUCAAAUAAUGCAACAAAUAAUGAGCCAAAUAACAUUGUAGCAAAAAUAAUUUAUAAUGGCUUUUGCGAAUAAGAGAGAAGAGUUACAACAACCUAGUCAGCCUAUAGAAAAUUUAGGAAACUAUAAAAUAGUAAGAUUUUAGCAAGGAGAGUCUAAUAGGAGAAAUUUCAGAAAAGCCUACAAAAUGAAUAUGUUAAGAUAAUGCAUAUAUUGAAUGAGAAUAUUUUAUCUAAUCCUUAUCUCCAAUCAUUAGAGAAAAUAAAUUACCCAUUAGAAAUAAAUGAGAAUAUUAAAGCUGAAAAUAUAGUAACAAAAAAAUUGAAUAAAAUCAUUUAUUAUUCACAAUUAAUGAAUGAAUAUAGUGAGGAUGAUGAGGAGUAAGAGCCCUUAGAUGAAGAAACAAUAAUUAAUCAUGAAAAAAACAUUCUAAUUUUUGGUAGAAGUGAGUAAAGGAUGAAGAAAAAAAAAUUUAAGUGAGGAAAAACUAGUUGAUUUGGGAGAUUUAGGAGAUGACAUUAAUAAAUCUAAUUAUUAUUUUUGAGCCAUAGAUGUUGAUAGUGAUAAUAUAAUGCAUAUCAUAUACUGAAAUUAGAAGAUAGCUCUUGGGAAGAUGAAAAAUUUAAAAUUUAAGAAACAAAAAUCUAGAAAAAGAGUUGUUUCAACUAAUACAAAGAAACAAAAAUAAUGAAUAUGAGUAUAAAGAUAAUUUUGGAAGAGAAAGUUUAAAUUUUAAUAAAUUCAUUAGAAUUGAGACUAAAGUAGACAAUUAUUCCAUCCUUCAAAACUUACAGCCCAUUAAAAUUAUGUCUUUGCUUGAAAUAUUUCAUUCCUCAAAAAUUAAACAAAUAUGUAAGAAAGAUAAAAUAGAGCAACGUAAAAUUAUAUAGAUAAAAGAAUUAGAUAUAUCAUUUUAGAUGAAAAAUAGUUAGGUAAGAGCUAAUUUGAAAAUUAUAUAGCAGGAUCACAAUUUAUGAUGCAUCAAUAUAAAAUUUUACUAAUGAAUGAGAGCCUUACGAUAUGGGAUAAAAAUGAAGAGAGGUUGUUUUCAAAAUGGAAAUAUUAUUUUUUGAAAACAAUUGUUAAUUGUUUUUACUAAAAGUAUCUGAAGGUAUAUAUAUGAAGCACAUGAAUUUACUUUAAAUCUGAAAAAGAAUAUCAUGAAACUUACGUUGGGAUACAAAUAUAUUUUAAUGGUCACAUAUCAUCUUAUACGAUCUAAAAGCUGUCAAGUUGAAGACUUUAAAUUCAACACUACAUGGGACGCAAUCCAUGAAUUUUAUUUUAUUAAUUAUAUUUUAUCUUUUUAAGUUCUUUUCUUUUUAGAAUUUCAAUAUAUUUUUUUAUAUUGGUUCUUUUUGAGUAAAAGUGCAAGAAGCGUGUAAGAUGAAGUGAAAAAUUAAAAACGAGGUUGAAGUGAUGUCUUUUUGAACUUUAUCCUUUAUGAUAAUAUUUUUAGUGCUUAACUUUGCAUAUAUGCAUGUUUCACUUGAAAAUUUUAUUUUCUAUAUAUUCUACUUUGAUUUUUCUGUGUCAUUAUGGAUAAUGUCAUUUUUAAGUUAGAGCAUGAAGUAUUAAGUCUUAAUAUAUGUUGUAGAAUGAUUAAGAGCAUAUGUUUUGAUUUUCUUUCACGAUCACCUAUAAAAGUAACUAAUUUUUUUUUAGAAAAAUUAUAACAUCUUUUUCUAGUUUUUUGUUAUGAACUGCAUAAAAUAAUUUACAAAUAGUCAAAAAUAGCAGAAAAAUAGUCUAAAAUUUGAAAUUUUAGUGAACCUUUUCUUACAUUUUAAUCCCCUUGAUAAGUCUUCAUUAUCAUAAGUUAAUAAUUCGUAAAUAAUAUAGUUUAAGUCUUAACUCAUGAUAAAUAGACUUAUAUUUGUGUUAAAGUGUGAAAAGUAGUUUUCAGUUGAUUAACGUGAAUUUUUGGGUAAUUAUGUGAUUUUAUAUGAUUUUUACAGUUUUACUUUUGAGAUAAAUGAAGGAAAAGAAAUAAAAAUAAAAAUAUAGCAAAAUGAGGGGACAUGCUGGCCAGCCGGGCCCGCAAGCGGGUUGGAAGCACAGUCGGGGAGUAGCUGUGAGUAGGGGCUCGAGCGGCUUGAACCGAUGGAGGCACGUGUGUGCCACUCCCCUUCCACGUCACCGGUGGCCAGCCAGUUGUGGGGCAAGGAGUGGUCAUACACAUGCGAGAAAGGGACUUGAUCGGAAACGUAGUAUUACUAUAUAUUCACGAGAAAUUUCAGCGCACAACUGAUGUGGGACUAAACCCACGUCACACCUCCCCAGAAAGGGCGAGGGGCAACCGACGCAAGUUCGAAUCCUCCUAGAGCCAAAACUCAUUUUUUUUUUAUCAGAUUAUCGCGACUUUCUUGCAGAUCGCCGGCGAAGGAUUAAGUAACCAGAAUCGCUGGAUCAUUGACGAAAAUCUCGUCAACGCAAUUCGCGGAGCAUUGUUACUAAAAUUUCUGAAUGAUUCGCGAUAAAAGGAUCACGAAUCCAUCGAGUAAAGUAUUUCCGAUUGAUCGACGAACAAACCGUCGUCAAGAAGAGGACGAUCUGCCGGGAGACGAGUCGCCACCUUCUGAGAGCGUACCAGAUGCGAUGAAGAGCCUCCUCUUGCUGCACGAACCUGAGGAUGAAGCUCCUUGACAUGCGCCCUACCUCCAUCCAGCUCCUUUUCGUCGGGUGACAGCUACCGGAGAGCCACAAAGUCGCCAUUUUUUUGCGCCGCUGAGUGAUAGCUGUUGGAGACGAUUCGACGACCCAUUUCAUUGAUCUCUAGACUUCACAAAGGGAUCUAGAGAUUGCCCACGUCGGCUUUGUCCAAGGAGAGCCUUCGAGGCCGUGGACACUACAUGACAAUCCUCCCGAACGCUCAAGAUUCCGACGCAUCACCGCCGCGACAUCGGAACUCUGUUUUCCUGCUUUCAACUUAAUUUCUGUUUCAUUUAGUAAUAAUUUAUUGAUUUUAAAUUUACCCAGAUAUACUUCAUUUCAUUAUGAUUCUUCCGGCUUUUACAGAUCUUAAUUUGAUUAAUUAAGUCGUCUGUAAUCGCUUAUGUAAGAAUCACCAAACGGAACUCUGUUUUCGCCCGAUUCACGUUCGCCGAGCGCUGAUGUCAUCCUGACGUCCGCACCCUUAUUUCCUUUUUUCGUGAAUUUUAAAUAUAUUUCCUUUUUAUUUCCUAGUAUAAAAUUUAUAGAAAAUAGUAUUCUUUGCAAAAAAUUCUGAAUAAUUACCAGAUAUUAUAUUACAUCCUUGUGAUCGACCUGGAAAAUUACUACUAUUUUUGAAAUUUUUAUUGAAUUAUAAUUGAUAUAUUUGUUCAAAAAUACUUCUAAAUAUUCAAAAAUUCGUAUUUUCUAGUUUUAUAAAUUUUAUAUUUGCGUGAUUUAAUAUACAACGACUAAGUCACGUCAAAUUUUGGUGCCGUUGCCAUGGAUGUAUUGCAUAAUAUUUAGUAUUUUUCUAUUUUUCUCUUAGAGUACACAAAAAAAAUUAACUCUUAUUUUACUUUUUUUCUUGCUGAAUUUUUUUUUUUAAGAAAAAGGGAACGAAAAGAAGCAAGGCAAGGACUAGAGCAUACUGAAGGAGGGUAACAAUUACUAAAAUUUUCCCUCAAAUUUAUUGAUUUUUUAUGCAUUGUAAAAGAUCCUUGGAUCCAAGGCUAGAAAAUCCUUUUAUUAUUUCAUUCAAAACUAAAAAAAUCUAAAAGAAAAAUUAAUUUUGAUGGAUCCUGAAGAAAGUAUAGGUCAAACUGAGAGCAAUCCUAUGGCUAUAAAAAAUCAUUAUAUCCCUUAUUCAUUUCAAAGAGCAUCCAAUAUUAGAGUCCCAUUAGCACCCACUAUUAAAUUCGAAAUAAAUUCAAGAAUUUUUCAAAUGCUCCCUAAUUUUCAUGGAUUGCCUUUAGAGGAACCUCAUCAGCACUUAGAAAAGUUUCAUAUGGUCUGUGAUUUAGUUAAUCUCCCUCAAGUUACACUGGAAAUUAUUAAGAUGAAAUUAUUUCCUCAUACACUUAGGGACAAAGCAAGUCAUUGGCUAUCCACAUUAGAUAAAGAGUUAACUAGCUAGAAGGACAUAGAACAGGCCUUUCUUCGAAAAUUUUAUCCCUUAGGAAAAACUCAAAAUAUGACAAAACAUAUAUAGAAUUUUUCUCAAAGACCAGGAGAAACUUUACAUGAGACAUAGGAAAUAUUCAAAGAUUUACUUAGAAAGUGUCCUUAUCAUGCUAUACCUAAGUGGCAGCUCAAUAGAAUUUUUUAUGAUGGAUUAUUAGAACAACAUAGAAAUAUGGUUGAUUCUAUAUGUAGAGGAGUUUUUACAGAGAAAACCCCUGAUGAGAUUUACAGUCUUUAUGAGAAUUUAAGUGAAAAUUCUAGAGAUCAAGCCUCUUUUUAAUUAUAUGACAGGGAUAAGAAGAGAGGAACUUAUGAAUUGCAUCAUGAUGAUGAUUUUAAAUUUAGAAAUGAGGUUAAUUAGAUUAAUCAAAGAUUAAAAAAACUUGAUUUACUUAUUGACAAUAUUAGAAAGCCUCUUAACCCUCAAUUUAAUUCAAAUAGUACACGUCCUAUAUAUGGUGAAAAUGAUCAUUUUGAAUUUCAAUAUCAUCUUAAGGAAGAACAAGUACAAAUACCCCACGAUUUUAGUAAAAAUAGGAAAUAUUUUUCUAAUUCUUAUAAUCCUAAUUGGGGGAAUGAUUUUUCAUGAAGAAACCCAAAUAAUAUUCAAAAUCCAGAAGCACUUAGAUCCAAUUCAAACUUUGAAUUUCGUCCAAAAUAAGAAAACAGAUUUCAGAAAAAUCAGCCCUCUCAAACCCAACUUAAUACUAUAGAAAUGAUGCAGCAAAUGAGCCGAAUGAUGCAACAAACUAUGAAUCAAAUGAUGUUGCACCAAAAAUAAAUUAUAGAGGCUUUUGAGAAUAGGAGAGAAGAGGGACAGCCACCCAAUCAAAUCAUAGAAAAUUCAAGAAACUAUCCAAUAGUAGGAUUUCAGCAAGGAGAGUCUAGCUGGAUAAAUUUAGAAAAAAACCUACGAAAUGAAAAUGUUAGGACAGUGAAUACAUUCAGUGAGAAUAUUUUACCUGAUUCUUAUUUCCAAUUAUUAGAAGAAAUUGAUGAGCCAUUAGAAGUAAAUGAGAAUAUUAAGAUUGAAAAUAUAGUAGCAGAAAAUUUGAAUAAAAUCAUUUAUUACUCACAAUUAAUGAAUGAAUAUAGUGAAGAUGAUGAGGAGAAAGAGCCCUUAGAUGAAGAAAUAGUAGCGUGACGUGUUAAGUAAUGCAAGAUUAACCUACCACAAACCAUCACUAAUUGAAAACCUAAGUCUUUAGUAUUAUAGUAUUUUACUUGUCAUUAGAUCAUCCUUUUUGGUCAUAUGCGUACUGAGUGAUGCAGGAUUCGUAAACUCCCAAUGGAAGGCUUCAUGUUUUAGAUAUGUGGUAGUUCACCUGCCAUGGGAUCUGCCUUAUCUGAUAAUGUGGCCUACUAAGCACUAUUGGAUCACACUACACUUUGGACCACUGCCCAAAAAUAAAUGAGAUUUAGUCCCACAUCAAAACAUUUUUUAACAAUUGAGCUUAAUAUAUAUCAAAGAUACAUUCUGUGUGAGAGAUCUGACGUGACUUAGUCGUUGUAUAUUAAAUCACGCAAAUAUAAAAUUUAUGAAACUCGAAAAUACGAAUUUUUGGAUAUUUAGAAGUAUUUCUAAAUAAAUAUAUCAAUUAUAAUUCAAUAAAACUUCCCAAAAUAGCGGUAAUUUCCAAGGUCGAUCACAGAGAUGUAAUAUAAUAUUUUGUAAUUAUUCAGAUUUUUUCUCAAUUAAUACGAUUAUCUAUGAAUUUUAUACUAGGAAAUGAAAAGGAAAUAUAUUUAAAAUUCAUGAGAAAAAGGAAAUAAGGGUGCGGACGUCAGGAUGACGUCAGCGUCCAGUGAACGCGAAUUGGGCAGAAAUAGAGUUCCGCCCCGUGAUUCUUACGUAAGCGAUUACAGACGAUUUAAUUAAUCAAAUUAAGAUCUGUAAAAGCCGAAAGAAUCGUAAUUGAACGAAGUAUAUUUUGGUAAAUUAAAAUCACACAAAGUAUCACUAAAUGAAGCAUAAAUUAAAUUGAAAGUAGGAAAACAGAGUUCCGACGUCGUGACGGUGAUGCGUCGGCGAUGCACCGGAAUCUUGAGCGUUCGGGAGGAUCGUUGUACAGUGUCCACGGCCUCACUCUCCUUGGACAAAGACGACGUGGGCAAUCUCUAGAUCUUCUCACGAAGUCUAAAGAUCACUGAAAUGGGUCGUCGAGUCGUCUCCGGCGGCUGUCACCCGGCGGAGCGGAAAAACGGCGACUUUGCGGCUCUCCGGCGGCUGUCACCUGGCGGAGUGGAGCUGGAUGGAGGUGGGGCGCGUGUCAGGGAGCUUCAUCCUCAAGUCCGCACAGCAAGAGGAGGCUCUUCAUCGCAUCUGGUACACUCUCAGGAGGUGGCGACUCAUCUCCCGGCGGAUCGUCCUCUUCCCCGACGACGGCUUGUUCGUCGAUCAAUCGAAGAUGAUUUACUCGAUGGAUUCGCGAUCCUUUUAUCGCGAAUUGUUCAACAAUUUUAGUAGCAAUGCUCCGCGAAUCGCAUUGACGAGAUUUUCGCUGAUGAUCCAACGAUUCUCGUUGCUUAAUCCUUCACCGGCGAUCUGUAGGAAAGUCGCGAUAAUCAGAUAAAAAUAUAUGAAUUUUGACUCUGGGAGGAUUCGAACCCGCGCCGGUUGUCCGCCCCUUCUGAGGAAGGUGUAACGCGGGUUUAGUCCCACAUCAGUUGUGUGCCGAUUUUUCAGGCAAAUAUAUAGUAAUGUUAGCUUUCUAAAUAAAGUCAUUUCUCUCGCGUGUACGACCACUCCUUGCCCUACGGUCGGCUAGCCACCGGUGACGUGGAAGGGGAGUGGCGCACACGUGCCCCUAUCGGUCCAAGCCGCUCGAGCCCCUGCUCGCGGCUACUCCCCGACUGAGCUUCCGACCCGCUUGCGGGCCCGGCUGGCCGGCGGGUCCCCCCCUCAUUUUGUCUUAUUUUUAUUUCUUUUUCUUCAUUUAUCUCAAAAGCAAGACUGUAAAAAUCAUAUAAAUUCAUGUAAAAUCACAUAAUUACCCAAAAAUUCACAUUAAUCAACUGAAAACCACUUUUCACACUUUAACACAAAUAUAAGUCUAUUUAUCAUGAGUUAAGGCUAAAACUAUAUUAUUUACUAAUUAUUAACUCAUGAUAAUGAAGACUUAUCAAGAUCCCUUCUCCCAAAUAUAAUAAUACCUAGGACCAUCUUGAGAGAAGGUAAUAGGUGGUCUGCCCUUACACACACAUGUGUGUAUGAUGCUCCUUGCUUUAUGAUUGGUUGACCCUUGAGACGUGAUAGGGGAGUGACACACAUGUAUGUGAAGUCGAGUCCUUAGUCACUUGAGCCCAACUUGUGGUUCCCCUAACUUGGGUCCGCCCACUCAAGCACAGUGCCACUCUAAGUCAACUGUCAAAUGCUAACUUGUUUGUGGGCAGCGAUAUUUUUUAUUGUCUUAUGUUUUUUAAAAAAUUAAAAAUUAGGCUAUCUUUUAACUUUAGACUUUCAAAAUUAAUAAUAUAUUGUUAUAUUUAUUCUAUAAGCUAACACAUAAAAUUAAAAUAAUAAAACUAUUUAAACAUCAAAAAUCUAGCUUUAACAGUCACAUAGGGGUAGACAAGAUGAAUGUGAGGCGUUACAUAAGAGAAAUAGAGGAUAAGAAAAGGUGUAGAAAUGGAAGAGAGAAUGUAGGUAGAAGUGAAAUAAGAAGAGGGAAGAUGGAAAGUAGAAGAUGUGAAAUGUUAAAUGUGUAAGUGACGUGACUUAGUCGUUGUAUAGUAAAUCACGCAAAUUUAAAAUUUAUUAAAUUAAAAAAUACUAAUUUCAAAUAUUAAAAAGUAUUUUUAAAAAAAUAUAUCAAUUAUAAUUCAAUAAUUUUUUUUAAAAUAGUACUAAUUUUUCAGGUCAAUCAUAGGAUGUAAUAUAAUAUCGAAUAAUAUUUUAUAAUUUUAUUUAAAUAAUAUGAUUUUUUAUGAGUUUUACACUACAAAAUAAAAUAAAAUAAAAUUAAAAUUCAUGAAAAAGGGAAAUAAGGGUGUGGAUGUAAAGAUGAUGUUAGCACCCGACAGACAUGAAUUUGAUGCUAAUAGAGUUCCGCCUGACGAUUCUUAUGUAAGCAAUUAUAGAUGAUUUAAUUGAUUAAAUUAAGAUAUGUAAAAGUUGAAAGAAUCAUAAUUGAAUGAAGUAUAGCUUGGUAAAUUUAAAUCAUAUAAAUUAUUACUAAAUGAAGAGAAAAUUAAGUUGAAAGCAAGAAAAUAGAGCUCCAGCGUCGCAACGGUGAUGCGUCGGUGAUGUGCCAGAAUCCUGAGCAUUCGAGAGGAUCAUCAUGUAGUGUCUAUGAUCUCAAAGGCUCUUCUUGGACAAGGACGACAUGGACAAUCUCUAGUUCUCAUUGAGAAGUCUAGAGAUUAAUGAAAUGGGUCAUCGAAUUGUCUCUAGCAGUUGUUACCUAGUGGAGUAGAAAAACGACGACUUUGCAAUUCUCUGGUGGCUGUCACUUGAUGGAGAAGAACUAAAUAGAGGUGAGAUGCAUGUUAGGGAGCUUCAUCCUCAAGUUUGCGUAAUAAGAGGAGGCUCUUCAUCGCAUCUAGUAGGCUUUCAAUAGGUGGCGACUCGUCUCCUAGUGAAUCAUUCUCUUUCGGAUGAUAGCUUGUUCGUCAAUCAAUCGGAGAUGAUUUACUCGAUAAAUUCGUGAUCCUUUUAUCGCGAAUCAUUCAGUAAUUUUAGUAACAAUGCUCCACAAAUCUCGUUGAUGAGAUUUUCGUCAAUGAUCUAACGAUUUCGACUUAAUUCUUCACCAGCGAUUUGUAGGAAAGUCACAAUAAUCAGAUAAAAAUACGAGUUUUGGUUCUAAGAGGAUUCGAACCCAUGUCAGUUCCCCCUCAGCAUGAGAGAGUUUGAAAUAAGUACUUUAAUACUCUUAUUAAGUGACGUCAUCAUGAUAUAUCUUUAUUAUAAAUAAGGGGUAUUUUAGGUAUUAAAAUCUUCUAACCCUUUUAGGGGAAGGUGUGACACGGGUUUAGUCCCACAUCAUUUGUGUGCUGAAGUUUCGGGCGAAUAUAUAAUAAUAUUAUAUUUGCAAGUAAUGAGUCCCUUUCUCCUGUGUAUACGACCACUCCUUGCCAUAUAGUCAGUUGGCCACCGGUGACAUGGAAAGGGAGUGGCGCAUAUGUGGCCCCAUCGGUCCUAGCCGCUCGAGUCCUUGCUCGUAGCUCCUCCCCUGACCGUGCUUCUAACCCACUUGUAGGCCUGGCUGGCUGGCGGGUCCCCCCCAUUUUGCUAUAUUUUUAUUUUUAUUUCUUUUUUCUUCAUUUAUCUCAAAAAUAAGAUUAUAAAAAUCAUAUAAAUUCGUAAAAAAUAACAUAAUUAGCCAAAAAAUUUAUGUUAAUCAAUUGAAAACCAUUUUUUACACUUUAACACAAAUAUAAGUCUAUUUAUCAUGAUUUAAGACUAAAAAUAUAUUAUUUACUAAUUAUUAACUCAUGA